AUGAUUUCCAUAUUUCUUCGUGCUGCGAUAGCCACUGUAAAAUUAACCCGUAUUCCGCAUCCCAAGUUUUACACGCAUCCUCCACGCAUCCACCUAAUAGACGAUACGGUGCGGAAACGAUUUGCAAUCGAACUUGCAGCCGCCGUAGAAGUGAAAUUAGUGAACAAAAAGCUCGAAGCACAGAAGCGAAUGGAAUCACGCAAAACCAAGCAGGAAGUACAGCAACGGUACAAUGGUGCGGUUAAAAGGCGUAAGUGGGAGGAUCCACCGGAAGAUCCGGAAGCGGUGAAAAAUUUUGACCCGGCUUCGCGUGUUAAACGGCGCAAGAGCAUCAUUCUCCUCGGUUACUCCGGCGUAAAUUACUUCGGUAUGCAGCGCAAUCCGGGUACGAAAACAAUCGAAGAGGACCUGUUGCGUGCGAUGCUCAAGCAAAACUGGAUCAAUGAUGAAGGAUUUCGACAACCGCAACAAAUUCAGUUCCAGCGAGCGGCACGCACCGAUAAAGGAGUGUCGGCAGCGGUACAGGUGGUGUCGAUCAAGCUGCCUGACAAUCUGGACAUUGAAGCACUGAAUUCCGAGCUGCCGGAGGACAUACGUGUGUACGCGGUGAAGCGCGUGACGAAAGGUUUCAAUUCCAAGACAAACUGUGACGCCCGUACGUACACGUACACGCUGCCCACGAUAGCAUUCGCUACGGACAAAGAAAAGGUGGACAUUCAAACGUACCGGCUGCCGGCUGAUCGGUUGAAGCAUGUGAACGAAGUACUUGCGCUGUACGUUGGAACAAAGAACUUUCACAACUUUACCAGCCGUAAAGAAUUUCUCGACCCAUCGGUGAAACGGUUUAUCAUGUCCUUCGAAUGUGAGCCACCAUUUGUGCCCGAAGGUACGACGGCCGAAUUCGCUACGAUUAAGAUUAAAGGACAAAGCUUUAUGCUGCAUCAGAUACGCAAGAUGGUAGGCCUUACCAUAGCCGUCGUUCGUGGGCUUACGGACAUUGCGAUCAUCGAGAAAGCUUUCGGCCAGGAACGGUACGGCAUCCCGACGGCUCCGGGAUUGGGGCUAGUGUUGAGCAGAAUCCAUUACGACAAGUACAACAAGCGGUACGGUGAGGAUGGAUGCCAUGAAACAUUAGAAUUCGAUAAGGAGGACCCGGCUAUACAAGAGUUCUUCAAGCGACACAUUGCCUCGACCAUUGUCGAGACAGAGUUGAGCAGUAAUUCGAUGAUGGAAUGGCUUGAAAAACUACCCUUGCACAGUUACGAACCAAGAGAUGAGAAUGAACCAAGCGAGUGGAAACCGAGAAAUCGGAAAGACGAUAAUGAUGAUGACGACGAGUAG